GGGACCCAUGUCCUGCUCGAAUGGGAGAGAUCCUACACAUCAUAGCCAGCAAGGGGCCAAGGAUAGACUGCCCCGUCACUAACAGAUUGAUCCAGUUGUACCGCCUUGAGAACAACAUCAUGGUAGGCGUGGGUCAAACCUCCGUGACGGACACCGCACGGGCUACACAGGCAGACACGUUGGGGGAGUUCAUGCAGCCUCCAACAACACCAGGCAGGGAGGAAGUCGUUGACGGUGGGGAAGGGACUGGUGGGGUUAAGGAUGGGCAAGGCACCGUGCGUGAGGGUGGUGCAGCGCCUGCAAUCCCAUCCGGUGAUGGGUCAGUGACAGGUCGACAAACUGGUAUGUUUAAACAGGCGUCUAUUCGGCGGUGGACAGAGAACUCAUCACAACAGCACUUGGACAUUGCAUGGGGGAUGCACUUGAAUGAGCACGGUGCUCCCUUCAAUUAUGUGACAGGGGAGAAGACUCAAGAACUGCAUGAGCUUUACUUGGAGUUGGGUGAGAAGAGGCAGCGUGUGGAGAUAUCGAGCCGUAUGCAGAUGGCCACAGUUGUGCUUGACAUUGCGUACGAGCGGACGCAGGAGGCAAUCAAGCCACUGAUGGACUGUUGGGAUAUCAUCUGUUGCACUGUGAUCACAGACGGGUGCACGGAUCGGAAGUUCCGGCCCGUUAUGAACUUCAUCGAUGCUGCGGAGAGCGGGGCAGUGAUGUUGAAGGUGGUUGACAUGUCGAAGAGGAAGAAGAAUGCAGUUUCGCUGGCGAAGUUGUGGGAAGGUGUGACUAGAGAGAUCAGGGUGCACAGAGUGAAUGCUUUGUGCACGGACAAUGCAGAGGUGAACAAGACACUUGUCAUCCCGACGGAAGUGCGUUUUGCCUCCGUCUACAUGAUGUUGGAGAGGCUGCUCGACCGCAAGAAGGUGCUGAAGGCGAUGAUGAAGGAAGGGUGGCUUGAUAUCAAAUGGGCUGCAAGGAAAAAGCGUAACAUAGCUGAAAGGGUGUAUCUGACAGUCCGGUCUGAGGAGUUGUGGGAGAAGGUGGAGGCAGUCGUGGAUGUGAUGACACCUAUGUACGAUUUGCUGCGUCAGAUGGACAAGAGUGACACUGCUCCCUAUCAGUUGUGGGGUUUCGAAGAGGCGUUGGUUAAGAAGAUUAGGACCAUUGCAGGCAUCACGGUAGAGCGGCAGAAAGCCAUCGCAAAGAAGGUCAAGAAGAAUAAGCAAGCGGGUUUCAUCGACAUGUGGGCGAACUUCUUCGAUGAAGAUGUGCCACCGCCUCUCGUAGAUGCAGACAUUGUUCCCGACGAUGGGGAGCUGUCCGCAGAGGAGGUGGCACGGAGACUUCGUUUCAGGAAGACGGCAUCUGCACGGGUUCCUAAGGUGGGGAAGGUUGAUGAGUCUAGUGACACAGACAGCAGCGACGACGGGGAGGAUCUGGUUUGGAGGGGGAAGGGAAAGAAACAGAAGGAUGUGGAAUGUUUGGACGGUGCAUCUCGUCGAGAACGGAAAGCGCCGAUGGAAGAAUUUGACGACGAUGGCGAUUCUCAUGAGGAGGAUGAAGUAGAAGAAAUGAACUCCGCGGCGUUCGCGCUUCACGCACCCUUGGAGUCAGAUGAGGACUCCGAUGACGAUGACGACGACAUGACAUUGAGGCAGGAUGCAGGUCAGAUGGAUAGUGACCUUGAGUUCUUGCUGCCCCGUACUCGUGACAGCCAUAAUGCCAUGCAGACCGAGAACUAGGAUGCGAGAGCUUUUGCACAAGUUCUGGCAAAGAGAGAUCAUGCCAUCGUCAUGCAGCGCAUGGAGGAGGACGCAGCGAGGCAUGUGGCAAUUCCUCGUCGCAGCGUGGAAAGAGGAGGAGAGGGCGUCGAUGUUGUUCCAGCGGGGACUGCAAGCGGGGCCUCAACAGCGGUCGGGGCAGCAACAGGAACGGCCCAUGCAUUAGCAGGUGUAGAAGAGGCUGGACCAGUGGCGGCAGCAACAGCAACCGGAGAGAAGAUGGGAGAUGACUCCAGCCCCACAGAUCAGCAAGUGGAGAAUCCCCUCGGUGACCCUCUCAACAAAGGACAACCUGGAGA